CAGGCUUGACAUAUACAUAUUCGCAGUGAACAAACAGAAAUCCUAAUGCCAGAGAAAGACAGACGAAGCCAGUGAGAGAAGAAGGUCACCUCUAGAGCAGUGAAGGAACGGGGGGUCAUACCUGAAGACUGAACUCUGGAAGUCUGGAAAUGGGAAUUCGGGAGGUCCUACUUUAAACGGAAGAAGACAUUUUGAUGCCAAACCAUUGAAAGACGACCAGGGAACACAGCAUUACUGAGUGUCACAAUGGAGAAACUCUCUGAAAAAGAUAAAGGUCUGAUCCGGGACAGCUGGGAGAAUCUGGGGAAGAACAAGGUGCCACAUGGAAUUGCUAUGUUCACGAGGUUAUUUGAGCUGGAUCCAGCACUGCUUACUCUCUUCAGCUACAGCACAAACUGUGGGGAUGCACCUGAAUGUCUCUCCAGCCCAGAGUUCCUUGAGCACGUCACCAAGGUGAUGUUAGUUAUCGAUGCAGCUGUGAGCCAUCUUGAUGACCUACAUACAUUGGAGGACUUCUUGUUGAACCUGGGCAGGAAGCACCAGGCAGUUGGGGUGAAGACUCAGUCCUUUACUAUGGUUGGAGAGUCCCUGCUCUAUAUGCUUCAGUCCAGCCUGGGUCCAGCUUACACGACACCGCUGCGCCAGGCUUGGCUCAAUAUGUACAGCAUCGUGGUAUCAGCCAUGACCAGAGGCUGGGCCAAGAAUGGCGAACAUAAGUCCAACUGAGAAGGAGGUAGAUGUGAGAUUCACACUGGAACACCCUUGAGGUCACAAACUAACUUCUCAAAAAUCCUUUAAAAGAGUGAGGGGCUUGGAUAUGGGACCACCAUUGGGAAAAUCAGUUCAGCUGAGUUGUAUUUUGGCUCACUGAACAGUCCUAACUUUGGUAGCUUGGUCUAACUGCAGACUGAGAUUGUUGAUAACGAAGCCUAUGAGGUUGAAGUAUGCUUAUUAAGAGUGCAGGUCAUAGUUUAUGGUUGAAACUUCAAAAGCAAAAUUUGCUUUGUACAUACAGUAAUGACUAAGUACAUAUAGUAAUGACUAAAUGUAUUUCCUUAAACUAUCUUUAAUGACUGUCUUGAUGUAUUGAUGUUUCAUGCGAGCGUAAAACAGAGGUUUGACUAUGCACAUGUGAGCUUGGUCAACUUGAAAAAGUUUUAUUCUGACACCUCUUGGAAUCAAUUUAGAUGAAACCACUACAAUUUAACCCUAAAUUACACAGAAUUAAUACUCUAGCCUGUGCUGUGUGUAGUUUAAGUUUACUGUAAGUUUAGUGAUGUUCACUAAGUUAUCUGAGCAUGAACAUAGUAGUAUUUGGCAAUAUGGUUCAAAUGAUAGCAUCAAAGACAAUAAGCAAUCAGUAGCCAUGAUUUUUUGACACCAUCCAAAUGUUCAUGUGAAAUGUUGUUUGCCACAUUUUUCAACCAUUAACAGUAUUUAUGGCGAUGAAAGUAAAUGACAAGAACUGUUACAUCCGAAAUAGCUUUUGGAAUUUUUUGACUGUUAAUUUAUGAACCUGUGCCAUGUCAUUAGUUUACAUUUCCAUUGUAUGGGAUUAUACUCGACGCACUCUACUCCAAGGCUUACUUACGAAAGACUUGUGUAGACUGUUACUUCACAUAAAGUGACUGUUAUAUCAUAGUGAGAUGAUUUGUUCACCUAUAAUACAAUUGUAGAUAGUCAAAAAGUCUUUGUGCUAAAUGACCCAGUCCAGUGGGUGUUAGCUAUAAAUAAGAAUUUUAU